UUGGGGACAUAAGUCUUUUAUAAUAAAAAGAAGUUAAGCAAUAACAAACAAACACAUAACCACAAAGAAGACAAAAAACAUGACUAACAUUAAUCUUAUCACGCAUGUUAUAUACUUUUUCUUCUUCAUAAGCUGCUUUCUUACCAAACCAUCCGAUGCAUCUAGAGGUGGCAUAGCCAUCUAUUGGGGCCAAAACGGCAACGAAGGUAAUCUCUCGGCCACGUGUGCGACCGGCCGGUAUGCUUACGUCAACGUCGCCUUUCUUGUGAAAUUCGGAAAUGGUCAAACACCGGAGCUCAACCUUGCCGGCCACUGCAACCCUGCGGCCAACACUUGCACCCAUUUUGGCUCUCAGGUCAAAGAUUGUCAGUCUCGUGGCAUCAAGGUUAUGUUGUCUCUCGGCGGCGGGAUCGGAAACUACUCGAUUGGGUCCAGGGAGGACGCAAAAGUUGUCGCUGAUUACCUGUGGAAUAACUUCUUGGGAGGAAAUUCAUCAUCACGUCCCUUAGGUGAUGCUGUUCUUGAUGGUAUCGAUUUCAAUAUCGAGCUUGGCUCUCCUCAACACUGGGAUGAUCUCGCCAGGUCUCUCUCAAAGUUUAGCCACAGAGGAAGAAAAGUAUAUCUAACAGGAGCUCCUCAAUGUCCAUUUCCAGACAGAUUAAUGGGAAGUGCUUUCAACACUAGACAUUUUGACUAUGUUUGGAUUCAAUUCUACAAUAAUCCACCAUGUUCAUACAAUUCAGGUAAUACUCAAAACCUCUUCGAUUCGUGGAACAAGUGGACCACUUCAAUCACAGCCCAGAAAAUCUUCUUGGGUCUGCCGGCAGCUCCCGAAGCUUCCGGAAGUGGCUAUAUUCCGCCAGAUGUACUGACUUCACAGAUACUUCCGACUUUAAAGAAGUCUAAGAAAUAUGGAGGUGUAAUGCUUUGCUCCGUAGUUCAAGUUGGCUUGGCCACUGAAUCACACAUUGGUUUGGGUUCAAAGUUAAAAGCUAGUGAACCGAACCGGGCAUGGGUUUCCUCCAACGGCUCUUUUGCAAUCGGGUUUACUCGGUCUAAGCCAACCGACCGGUUCUUACUAAGCAUUUGGUUCGCACAACUUCCUGGUGAUCCAACCAUCGUCUGGUCUCCCAACAGAAACUCCCCAGUCACAAAAGAAGCCGUGUUGGAGCUAGAAGCCACCGGGAACCUAGUACUCUCCGACAAAAACACUGUCGUCUGGACCUCAAACACCUCAAACCAUGGUGUUGAAGCAGCGGUUAUGUCUGAAUCCGGAAACUUCCUUCUCCUUGGAACCGAAGUUACCACCGGUCCGGCCAUUUGGCAGAGCUUUUCGCAACCUUCCGACAGUCUCCUCCCAAACCAACCUUUAACCGUCUCCUUAGAACUAACUUCUAACCCUUCACCGUCGCGACACGGCCAUUACUCCCUGAAAAUGCUGCAGCAACACACUUCGCUUAGCCUCGGCCUAACCUACAACAUCAAUCUUGACCCUCAUGCAAACUACUCCUACUGGUCAGGACCAGAGAUUUCAAAUGUCACCGGAGAUGUUACCGCAGUUCUUGACGAUACCGGAAGCUUCAAGAUCGUUUAUGGAGAAUCCUCAACAGGAGCAGUGUACGUCUACAAGAACCCAGUAGAUGAUAACCGGAACUACAACAACAGUAGUAAUUUUCGGUUAUCAAAAAAUCCGGUUCUACGGAGAUUGGUAUUAGAGAACAACGGUAAUCUCCGGUUGUAUCGAUGGGACAACGACAUGAACGGUUCAAGCCAAUGGGUCCCUGAAUGGGCAGCUGUUUCAAACCCGUGUGACAUAGCUGGAAUUUGCGGUAACGGAGUCUGCAGUUUGGACAGAACCAAGAAAAACGCCGACUGUUUAUGUUUGCCCGGUUCGGUUAAGCUUCCUGAUCAAGAAAACGCUAAACUCUGUUCAGAUAACUCAUCUUUGGUCCAAGAAUGUGAGAGUAACAUCAAUCGUAAUGGCACCUUCAAGAUCUCGACGGUCCAAGAGACCAACUAUUAUUUCUCAGAACGUUCUGUCAUCGAGAAUAUCAGCGAUAUGAGCGUGAGGAGAUGCGGUGAGAUGUGUUUGUCGGAUUGCAAGUGUGUGGCUUCAGUUUACGGUUUAGAUGAAGAGACGCCUUAUUGUUGGAUUCUAAAGAGUCUGAAUUUUGGCGGGUUUCGAGAUCCUGGCUCGACCCUUUUCGUGAAGACUAGAGCUAAUGAAUCUUAUCCCUCAAACUCGAAUAAUAAUGAUUCUAAAUCGCAUAGGAAGAGAACACUAAAGAGAGCUGCAAAGAACUCGCUUAUCCUUUGUGACUCUCCUGUGAGUUUCACUUACCGCGAUCUCCAGAACUGUACCAACAACUUUUCACAACUUCUUGGAUCAGGUGGAUUUGGGACAGUAUACAAAGGAACAGUAGCUGGUGAAACGCUAGUCGCGGUGAAGAGAUUAGACAGAGCAUUAUCUCAUGGCGAGAGAGAGUUCAUCACUGAAGUCAAUACCAUUGGUUCAAUGCAUCACAUGAACCUCGUUCGCUUGUGCGGUUAUUGCUCGGAAGACUCACACCGGCUUCUAGUUUAUGAGUACAUGAUAAAUGGGUCGUUAGACAAAUGGAUAUUCUCUUCAGAACAGACAGCCAAUCUACUUGAUUGGCGAACACGUUUUGCGAUAGCGGUUGCAACUGCGCAGGGGAUCGCGUAUUUUCAUGAGCAAUGUCGAAACAGGAUUAUUCAUUGCGACAUUAAACCUGAAAACAUCUUGUUGGAUGAGAAUUUUUGUCCCAAGGUAUCAGAUUUUGGGCUGGCCAAGAUGAUGGGGAGAGAGCAUUCACAUGUGGUUACGAUGAUUAGAGGGACAAGAGGGUAUCUAGCGCCGGAAUGGGUGAGUAACCGCCCGAUCACGGUGAAGGCCGAUGUGUAUAGUUAUGGAAUGCUUCUUCUUGAGAUCGUUGGUGGUAGGAGAAAUCUUGAUAUGUCCUUUGGUACUGAUGAUUUCUUUUACCCUGGAUGGGCCUACAAGGAACUAACGAAUGGGACAGCUUUGAAAGCUGUGGAUAAGAGGCUACAAGGAGUAGCAGAGGAAGAAGAAGUAGUGAAAGCUCUUAAAGUGGCUUUCUGGUGCAUACAAGACGAAGUAUCGUUGAGGCCUUCGAUGGGUGAGGUGGUGAAGCUUUUAGAAGGUUCUUCGGACGAGAUAAAUCUGCCACCGAUGCCGCAGACGAUUCUAGAACUUAUAGAGGAAGGAUUGGAGGAUGUGUAUAGAGCGAUGAGGAGAGAGUUCAAUAAUCAGCUUAGCUCUUUGACUGUUAAUACCAUCACAACCUCUCAGAGUUAUCGUUCCUCCUCUCGGUCUCAUGCUACUUGUAGUUAUUCUUCAAUGUCUCCUAGGUAGUUUUGUUUUCUUUUUUUGCAUCAUUUCUCUAUUUCUUGGACUAAGAAAAAAUAUGAUAUUUA